AGACACACACACCUCCUGCAAGACGUGUGGCUCCUCGUCAGAUUCCACACCUUCUUGUCAGAUUUAUCACUUGCGGCGGAGGAGAAACAGACGCAACUUUUCCUCCUGCGCGGAGCUCCGGGAGGAGGAGGGACGCAGCGCGCAGCGCGCAGCCGAGGACAGGCGGCCGAUGAGCGGGGAGCUGCGUGGAUGGAGCGACCCCGUGUCUUCACUCCGAGCAUUUCACACCAGAAAUCUGCUCAGCUUCAAACCAGCUUUAUCAAUCCACUUUUUUCCCCCUUUAUCCUGCUGCUGCUGAAAGUGGCGUAACCUCCAAUGACUGCUGGUGAGGAUGUUUUUUUUUUUCUCCCCCAAGGAAGAAUCAGCCAAUUCAACUCAGCAUCAUCACAUAGACGACUUGGUUGAGGAAGAGAUCCUUGGUGUCAUGUACCAAAAGGCAUCACCGUCUUCAACCUAAAUUGCUGGAUCAGUUUGUCUUAAACAAGUAUAGCUCAACAAGCAUCGCAGUGUGUGCUUUAAGAUGGGGGAUGCCAACAUCAGCCAUUUGCUAGCUGCGUCUACAGAGAUGCAUGACGGACCUCCAGAGAGUCCGCUGGAUCACUACAUGGACGGUUAUGAUAUGGACUACGGCAUCCCCCCUGACGAGAUCCCCGACACCACCCAGGGCCAGGCCUUCUUUGUGGCUACCAUUGUUAUCGGUGUGGUCCUCGUCUGCAUUAUGCUGGUGUGCGGGCUAGGAAACUUCAUAUUCAUUGCCACGCUGAUGCGAUACAAAAAGCUCCGCAACCUCACUAACCUGCUCAUAGCUAAUCUGGCCAUCUCAGACUUCAUUGUCGCAGUGGUGUGCUGCCCGUUCCUGGUGGACUACUAUGUGGUAAAAAAGCUUUCCUGGGAUCAUGGAUUGGUGCUGUGUGCCUCUGUGAACUAUCUGCAGACUGUGUCGCUCUAUGUGUCCACAAACGCACUGCUUGCCAUUGCUGUUGACAGGUACAUGGCGAUUGUCCACCCUCUGAGGCCUCGUAUGAAAUAUCAAACUGCCUACUGCCUGAUUACUGGGGUCUGGAUUGUUUCUAUUCUGAUAUCGGUUCCCUCUGCUUACUUUUCCUCUGAGACCAUGUACCCUCAUGGCAGCAGCAACCCGAAAACUCACAAGGUCUUCUGCGCCCAGAUAUGGCCCGUGGACCAGCAGGUUUACUACCGUUCCUACUUCCUGUUUAUUUUCGCCGUGGAGUUCGUCGGGCCUGUGAUUGUCAUGGCGAUGUGUUAUGCCCAAAUUUCCCGUGAGCUCUGGUUCAAAAACGUCCCGGGUUUCCAGACGGAGCAGAUACGGAAGAGGCUGCGCUGUCGCCGCAAGACAGUGAUGGUUCUGAUUAUGAUAAUGACGGCGUACAUCCUGUGCUGGGCACCGUACUACGGCUUCACGAUACUGCGAGAUUUCCACCCAACGCUGAUUUCCCGGCAGAAGAACUCUCUGGUUGCCUUCUACAUCAUCGAGUGCAUUGCCAUGAGCAACAGCAUGAUAAACACUUUCUGUUUCGUGAGCGUCAAGAACAACACUGUGAAGUACCUGAAGAAGAUUGUCUUGCUACGCUGGAGGUCAACAUAUGCCCCCAAUAAGACAGUGGAUGAGAUGGAUAUGAGGACCUCCUCCAUGCCGGUAACAGAAGAAAUUGAAUGUAUCCACUUGAGGUGAAGAGAAAAAACAUCAUCACACAUAAUCACACGGAUUUCGAGAAAGUCACAGGAAAAAAUACAACGACAAAACGUACAGCUGAUGGUCAUGCUCUGUAAUAUAUAUAAUGAUGAAUGAUCGAUGAUGAAGGCUUUCAGUUGGUCGAAGCACAAGUUGCAAGUCAGAGAUUGUAACCUGAUGAGUGGUGUAACAUAAUUGCAAAGAGUUUCUCCGUGUUAUGAGAAUGUGAUUCGUACAGUGCCUGUAAAAUGUGCGUUGUGAAAUACUGUAGCAUUUGUAUGACUUGUGAAUAAUAGCUAGCACUGCCCUUACUGAUUGAUCUGUUGUGCUCAUUUUGGUAUUGUUUGUGUUUGCAAGUGAAAGUAAGUCUCUGUAGGAACUCAAAUUUCAACUUUUGUGUAAUUUUUUCACUCUGUGCCUCGAAGUAUUUCGCUUUGGGAUUGGGUAUUUUCCAAAACUUGUUCCCCUAAAAAAAAAAAACAUACCCCAAUGUCCUAUGAAUGUAUUUAUUGUUAAAUGUUUGUUUUUGUUCAAUUUUCUCCAAAAGAAUCAAAUUAUUGCAUGCUUUCCUUGUAGUACACAGUUUAUGUGUUUCUGGUAAU